AAAACGAGGCUUUUAACGAAAUUCAAAUUCAACUUCAAAAAAUGGCGGAGAGUAUUUCGUUCACAGAGAAUGAAGUGCGAAAAAAAUUGAAAGAACUUGGUUAUGGCGAUAUUCCAUAUGACCAAUUGAGACUUUUUAUGAAAGAUUUGGAUGAGCUAAUCAAAUAUGAACUGUCAAACACUUCUGAUGGAAGCUUUUCAGUUACAGAUGAUGCCGAUUCAUUUAAUUCAGAACCACUUCAAAACUUUCCAAAGUGGACAGAGGUGUCUCACAAAGUCCCAUUUUCAAAAUCUAAGAUUUAUGACUUAGAGGAAAAAGAAAACAUUGGUUAUGCUCAAGAAUUUCGAAACAGGGAGGCACCGUCAAUUCUAUCAGAAUCAACUUUAAGUACAGUGGAUUCGAACCUCGAGUCAACAACUUCGUCCCAAGUAACAAGAAGAAAAGUUGCAAGGAAACGAAAUGGUGUUACGAGGGUCUUUGAUGAAACACACACAGAAGAUGAAAGUGAAGCAUCAGAUAUAACUUUGCUGGAGGAAAGGCUGCGAUCAUUGCCCAUCAGAAGUCUAAGUGACGAAAACCAUUCAGAACAAGAAUCAGUUUCUGAUGCUUCGUCUCUUGUAAAAAUGGAAAAAAGGCAUCUUCCAUCUUAUAUUCGACCAUCAACAGCGCCACCAACACAAGGAAGAAGUAGAAAAUUCGACCCCGUUAACAGGUAUCAUCAGUUCAAGCAUGAAUGGAAACAACAAAGAGUACCGGGGGAAAGCAGACAUGACACAUUGAGAUGGAACGUGAGGGAGCAGAUGCUGAAUUGUCACGUUUACGAGCGACCGCAGCACCUCAUGAAGCAAAACAGAUACCAAGUUCCGACCGGAAAGAAGAGACAAGCACUAAGAUGGGAGGUUAGAUGUGCACUCGCGAAGAUUUGAUCAAUGGCCGGCACAAGUAAAACUGAUCGGUACUGUCAAUUUUAUGGUACUCGUUCAAUCGAACCGGAAAAUAAAAGCAAUGAGGUCAGAAAAUCUCUUCAAUUGGCACAUUUUUCAGUCAUUGCAUGGAUUUUACAUACGCCCUUCCUGGGCUAGCCUCUUCUUAAAUCUAGUUCUAGAAAUGAGGCCUUUGUUAUAAGGUACCAUUUGUGUGGCUUCGAACUGAAAAUAUCACCUUGUUGAUUCUUUUCCAUAUGAAACAGAGCGUCUUAUAAAGUAUUGUGUGACACAUUUUAAAUAUUUGCCUAAGUUGUGGAAUGAGAGAUCUUUCCAACGAGAAGCCACUGAAUGUACAAUGAAUUUCUGUGCCAUCCUUUUGGUGUAAUUUAAGGACUUACUUAACCCGCCGUGAAUCUCUCAAUCCUUAAUCAAUUUCCGUACAGCAAGAUUUAAAAUUGAAAUUCUCAAGUUAUCCAGGCUACCUUGAUAUAAAAUUUCCAUGAAGUGUUGAUUUUAAGUAAUAUAGAUGAGUUACAAAUUUCAGUCAGAAAUUUACAUUUUUCGACUUUACGAUUAACUAUUCUGUGGCAUUCGCUACAAGUUUUAGGCUGCAAUAGCUCCCGAAAGUAAACCCAAAGAAUGAAUGCCAGUCAACAGGCAUGUAGAGCAAUAUCUCAAUACAGCAGAACUGUUGUGAAGCAUUAAUAAGGUCAAGCAUAUAAUAUGCUACCCUCUUUAUUGAAAUUAAUAUCUUUAUUUUAAAAAAGUUGUAAUGCAGCCUUUUCUAUGACUUGUCUAUUUCCCGUCAUACUUUUCUGGUAGUUACGUAGAAACGUUAUCGAAGUUCAUCUAAUAGUAACCCUAUUUAAUAAUAAUCUGAUGUAUUUUAGAAUGACGAGUGCUUCAGAAUUUAGUUUAUUGUUACGAUUAACGUAGCAUUCAUCCAAACUUCCUUUGGAAAUGAAAAUCGCGAUAAGGAGACAUUACUCCUAAGCGUUUUAGAUCGAACUUUAUUUAAUCGAAUGCUCUGUUUUGUAUUCCUCAUCAUUUAGCACAGUUGUGCCAAACCCCGUUUAUGUGAGAUAAUUUUGUAUGCCUGUAAGUUAUAUUUUGUUUUAUAUUUCUAAAAAUUGAAAAUCUUGCCUA